UGGUGCAAACCGCUGCGUGGGCCGUGUCCCAUUGAAAGGGCCUACUCCCGGCUGUCAUGUCCGGGGGUUUCGAGUUGCAGCCACUGGACGGUGGUCCCCGGCUCGCCCUGGCACCCGGGGAGACGGUGAUCGGCCGCGGGCCUCUGCUGGGAAUAACAGACAAGAGAGUGUCCAGAAGACAUGCCAUUCUUGAGGUGGUGGGUGGACAACUCAGAAUUAAACCGAUACACACAAAUCCAUGUUUCUAUCAAUCUUCUGGAAAGAGUCAAUUCUUACCAUUGAGGACAAAUAUGUGGUGCUGGUUGAAUCCUGGAGAUAGCUUUUCCUUGCUAGUUGACAAAUUUACAUUUCGUGUUCUCUCUACACACUCUGAAACAGAAAUGGAAUGUACACUAAGAAACAGUCAAAUGCUUGAUGAAGAUAAUAUAUUGAAUGAAACACCAAAAUCAUCUUCGACGAAUUUUCUUGAUGAUGAGUCAACGGGUGUCCAACAACUGGAAAGAAACUUAGAAGUAGCAGAGACUCAGAUGACUACUGCAAAUAGUGUGUCUUUCCCAGCUGAAUGUACAAACUUAAGUAAGCAACGGUUAAGCCUUGCCCAGAGGAAAAGAAUCCUUCCAGCAUGGAUGUUAAUGGAAAAUCCACAUGAGCAAGGUCUUUCCCCAGAAAGUGAAGAUAAUGAUGUGAUCCAGGAAAGAGGGAAAAAAGCAAUCCGCAAAGAUAAAAGCCAAGGAAACAUAACACAGCAAGGAAGAAAGCGACUAAUUCGUACAGGAAACUCAGAGAGCAUGUCCUCAGAAGACACAGAGAAAAAUUGCAAAAGUGUUGAUCAAGGAGAAUCAUCUAUCAUUUCAACCAAGGAGUAACCCCUGAGUGCAGCCAGUUUAACAUGAAUAUCUCUAGAGGAGAAUAAUAUGAAGAUUGAUACACAGAGAAACAAAAUCCCAACAGAUGGAUUUGAUCAGGUUUCUGAAUAUAAAAUCUCUGAAGAAAUACCAGGAGAAAGAAGACAGGACAGUAGACUAUUCUAAAAGUCCCUGAGUGCCCAAGAUAAGACUCAGAUGAUCUCAGCUAGAGACUCUACGCUGAUCCGCCAGUCGUCCUGAAACUUUGCAAGCAAAGGAUCUGAUUCACAUCCACAAGGUUCUGAAGAAAACACAGUCAAGAGGACAUCCUGCAUGUAUGGUGCAAAGUGCUCCAGAAAGAAUCCUGUACAUUUUCAACAUUUUAGUCAUCCUGGUGAUGAUGAUUAUGGAAAUUUACAAGUCAAGAAUCAGGAUGAGGCUGAUGACCGGCCUGUGUGUCCCUAUGGAGCGUCUUGUUACAGGAAAAACCCCCAGCACAGGAUAGAGUAUAGACAUGAUGCACUUCAAGUGAAAAGCAUUUCAGAUACAGACAGUGAUAAUGUUGGGCAGCCCAAUGAGUAUGACCUAAAUGACAGCUUUAUAGAUGAUGAGGAAGAAGAAUAUGAACCAACUGAUGAAGAUUCUGACUGGGAACCAGGAAAAGAAGACCAAGAGAAGGAAGAUGUGGAAGAGCUUUUGAAAGAAGCAAAGAAGUUUAUGAAAAGAAAAAAGUGACUCUUUUAUACAACAAUUUAUGGGUCACAUUUACUUUAUAUAGAAAAAAAAUUCAGGAACUAAGGAAGCACUCGGCCUCCCAGCAUACAUGGUCUCUGCUGCCCUCACCUCAGUGUCUCCUCCCACUUCUGUCACCAGCUCCACUGCUCCCUAUAGUUGGUUAUUUUUGAUUUGCGGUGGUGGGC